GUUAGGUGUCCCGGCCGUGGUGGGUAGUACCGGCUGAUCAGUGCAGUGCCCCAUAUUCUGAAUGGUUAACAGCGUCACUACAGCUAACAAGCACAGCUCUGAAACAUGCUUUGGUUUGAAGGCUCAAUUCCUGAUGCCAUUAACUUGGCAAAACAGCGAAGUUACGUCUUUGUCGUUGUCAUUACAGGGGAAGAUGAACAGUCCGCACAGCUCAUGUCCAGCUGGGAGGAUGACAGUGUCUCAGAGGCAGCACAGAACUGUUGUGUGGCCAUUAAAGUCGAUGCUAAGAGUGAGCCAUGUGUGCAGUUCUCUCAGAUAUAUCCAGUGGUGUGCAUACCCUCUAGCUUCUUUAUUGGGGAGAAUGGCAUCCCUCUGGAGGUCAUCGCUGGCAGUGUCUCAACUGAAGAACUGAUGAAAAGAAUCAACAGAGUGAAGCAGAUGCAUGCUCAGCAGAUUAGAAGUGGGACAGUGUUACCGGAGGCAAGUGGUCCUGUAGAGACCAGCUCAAUAGAUAGCACAGCUUCAGCCUCGGCUCCAGCAGUACCUGUUAGAUCAGCAGCAGCCACAGAACCUGCAGCAGUGCCAGGAAUAGGGGAAGCAUCACUCUCAAACACAGCAGAUAACGGCAGCAUUUCAGCAACUGUGGCUCUUGCAGAGAAUGCUUCUUCAGAUCAGGCUACUCAAAGCGAAGAAAAUCUGGAUGCUAAGGUGGAAAGGCUAACCAAGAAACUGGAGGAGAGACGAGAGCAAAGGAAGAGAGGAGAAGAGGAGAAUGAGAUCAAGAAGGAAAUUGAGCGGCGGAAGAUGGGGAAGGAUGUGCAGGACUUAAAGAGGAGACAGGAAGAGGAGAAGACCAAGCGACUCCUGGAUGAAAGGAACAGGGAGAAGGCUGAAGAGAAGGCUGCCAGGGAACGGGUCAAACAGCAGAUUGCCUUGGACCGAGCUGACCGAGCAGCCCGCUAUGCCAAAACCCAGGAGGAGGAGAAGGCUGCCAAGCAGGCUCUAGUACAGGCCAGACAGGCAGAGCAGGAGGCCAGGAAGGAGACAUUAUUAAGGGAGAGGAGUACCAUAGCAAGAAUACAGUUCCGCCUCCCAGACGGCUCAUCCUUCACCAACCAGUUCCCCUCACAGAGCAGAUUGCAGGAGGCUCGGCAAUUUGCUGCUCAGGAGGUGGGAAACCGCUACGGUAACUUCUCCUUGGCGACCAUGUUCCCUCGGCGGGAGUUCACCAGUGAGGACCUGAACAAGACUCUGCUGGAGCUGGAACUGGCUCCCAGUGCUUCCAUCGUGCUUCUGCCACAGUCAGGCAGGCCUGCUAACACAGUGGUCCAGUCCUCUGGUGGUGGGAUCUGGGCGGUCCUGGGUACCCUCCUCUACCCUUUGCUGGCUGUAUGGAGAUUUCUCAGCUCCUUCCUGUUUGCAGCCCCACCCCCUCCUGGAGCAGCCAGAGGUCCCGCCCACCAGGCCAACUCUUACACCAACUCAUCAUCAGCCUCUGACAAAACAAAGAGAGAAUCUCUUUCCAAGCACACUCUGGAGAAGCGGCCCAAGGACUUCAAGAAGGAUGGUAAAAUCUGCAGGCUAAGGACUCAGGAGGACAGUGAGGAUGAUAACAACACCUGGAACGGGAACUCCACCCAGCAGAUGUAGCACAAUAACAGCAGCUCUUCCUUCCUCUCGCUCUCCUGGUGUGAUUAGUUCAGUGUGACAAGUUCAAGGUUUUUGCUGCAUUUCUGGCUGAUCCCUUUGUUCUCUCCUUCUCUUACUGUGUUCCAGGCUUAUGCCCCUGAACCUUGCCUGCAUGGGUAGAUCAAUAAUAAUCAACAGAACCUCCUUUGGGCUUAAGCUGAGUGUUUUUGUGUUGAUUAUGAAAUGAUUCUGUCAAAUAACCCAGGCUCAGGCUACACCAGCAUCCUCUCGUGUUUUAAACUCAUAGUUGAUCAUUCUCAAAUCCAACAGAGAUGAAUAUAACCUUGGUGGCCCUGGUUGUGCCCAAAUUCUCUGAAAAGAGCACAUCAGCAGUAAACAGUUGACCUGAACUGAAGAUGUUGUAAUCUGAGCCUGGCUUCAUAUUAUGUAAUGGAAUCUGAUGUUUGGAAAUAUUUAACUUUGAAAAGGUGUUGGCUCAUUGCCAGUGACUCUUGCGGAUGACCUAACAGUUGAAUGAAGACAUUAUUGUUUUAAAUGUAUGAAAUAUUUCAUCAAACAGCUUGCAGCUGCUAGCUGAGGACUAAACAUCUGGAUCUGUUGGAGUUCUACCAAGGUGGUGGUGGUGGUGGUGCACACACACAUACCAUGGCAGUAUGUGUCUCUGUUACUUGACAGUGGGUGACUACUGUAGUUCUUCUCAUCCAACAAUGAAAAUUAAAGCAGCCUGUUUUUAAAAAAGCA